AAUUCUAUCAUCAUCUCGAUUCAUUAGUUAAUAUAACAAAAACAAAAGUUUUUUGUUUGAAUUUCUCAAAUACCACUCCAAGAAAAUGAUGAUGAACAAAGUCGUUCUGAGGUCGAUUCUGUUUUUCAUGUUGGUUGGUUCGGUUCUUUUGGUGGAGGCUCGUCCGUUGGGUUUAACGAAGGCCGACGAGAAGCUAAUGGCUAAGUUCUUCGAUGGUUUGUCACUUGGAGCGAUCAAGGAGUCGGGUCCUAGCUCUGGUGGUGAGGGUCAUCAUUUCGUGGAUCGAAGUGAGCCGGUUGUAUAUAGUAAACACUCCGGUCCCAGCUCGAGUGGACCCGGUCACUAACUAAGGACCGGACUGUGAAGUUGGCUGCUUCGGUCUAGCUCCAGAAAUUGAUUGAUUACAUAUUCUUUCGUUUCGUUUAUUUGUUAUACUUUACAGAUUAGUUUUUUAGGACUUUUCUUUAAUUUUUACCAUAUA